UAUUUCUCUUUGCUAAUUUGUCACAUAAUUUAUGGCCAACAACUUUAACUGCGUUUUAGUAAUCUCUUAUGUCAACACAUGCAUAAAACUAAUCAUAAGAUAUGAAAAUGCAUUAGGUCAUGUAAAAAAUUUGCUUUACCCAUCCCUUUUUAUUUUGACCGUUCUGACCGUUCUCUCAUUUGACCGUUUUGACCGUUCUGUUAAAGUCACCGAAACUACAGUUUUUUUCCUUUUACAAGCUGAGCUUAUCAUUUAGACUUCUAAAGACAAAUCAACCUUCUUUUAUUAUUACUCUAACAAUGCUUUGCACUCUCUAAACACAAAUGAAUGCACCAAAUCACUUGUCCUUAUUUUCCUUUCAGUACCAAUUGCAGUCAUGAAUAUUUUCAGGACACCACCGAUGGGAUGGAUGUCUUGGACGAAAUUUCACUGCCAGAUGGAUUGCGUACACCACCCUUUUACAUGUAUUAGUGAAAAGCUUUACAUGGACAUGGCCGAUCGUAUGGUAGAUGAUGGUUAUCUCCAGGCGGGUUACCAGUAUGUUCAUGUUGAUGACUGCUGGAUGGAACGAAAGCGGGAUCAACACAAUCGUCUUAUUCCGGAUCGGCAGCGCUUUCCAGGCGGGAUGGCUGCACUUGCUGAUUAUAUGCAUCAGCGUGGCCUAAAAUUCGGUAUCUAUGAAGAUUAUGGCACGGCCACAUGUGCUGGCUUUCCAGGUAGCUAUCAAUAUACAAAAAUAGAUGCCGAUACAUUUGCUGAGUGGCAGGUUGAUUAUCUCAAGCUUGAUGGUUGUAACAUCGAUGUUAAUCUGAUGCCGAGCGGCUAUGCGGAAAUGGGUCGGAUGUUGAAUCUAACUGGUCGACCUAUCGUCUACUCCUGCAGUUGGCCUGCCUAUCUCAUCAAUCAACCGGAGAAGGUUGAUUAUCAGUUAAUUGGACACCAUUGUAAUUUAUGGCGUAAUUUUGAUGACAUAAAGCGUUCCUGGGCUUCCGUGAGAACUAUCAUUGAUUAUUACGAUUAUCAUCAAGACAAACAUAUUCCUGCACAGGGUCCUGGAAGGUGGCAUGAUCCUGACAUGAUAAUUGUAGGGAAUACGGAGUUAACCGUGGAUCAAGCAAAAGUGCAAAUGUCUAUUUGGUCAAUUUGGUCUUCACCGCUAAUCAUGUCCAAUGAUCUGAGGCUGAUUGCUCCCGUGUUCCGGGAUAUUUUAUUGAAUAGGCGGGUUAUUGCCAUCGAUCAGGAUUCACUUGGCAUCAUGGGACGAUUGGUUGCUAAUACGACCGAUAUUGGCAUUUACGUGAAACCCGUAAUUCCAGCAGUACCCUCAGCUCAUCGUUACUCUUACGCUGUAGCUAUUUUCAAUCGUAAUCUGCACCAAGGAAUGAAUGUGCGCUUCCUACUAUGGAAAAUUGGACUCACCAACCCCAAUGGCUAUUUAGUGCAAGAUUUAUGGAGCGGCGAGCUUAAGGGCCUACUAAAACCUAAUGAUUUUUAUUCUGCAGACGUGAAUCCUACUGGUAUUGAUUUUUUCAAAGCAACGUUACCAGAUUUGCAGGAAUGAUACAUUUCUCAUCAUUUUAACCUAGGUUAAAUACGAGUUAAUAGUGAGUUUUUUGAAAACACUUCAUUGAAAUUUGAAAUCUAAUUUAAGAACCAGAAUGUUUCCCAAGCGCGAAAUUAAAAAAGUAUAGUUGCAUGAAUUCGAUGUGAAAAUGAUGUAACAAAUAUUUUAAAUCACUUACUAUGUUCGAUAUGCUUUGAUCAUUUAGUAUGUUUUUGGGAGCCUAAAAGCCGUUUAUUGGAUUACAUUUUCGUUUUUCGUAAGGCCGAUCUCGGACAAUUAAGCCAGAACGGUGGACGGGCCAAAAAAAAAAGAAAGUGGUAAAAGGCGGCAUGCUGUUUGCUUGUCUUUCUCUUCCUUCAGCUUCAUAAUUAAUUCACUGGGCGUCAGAACCAGAAUUAUUUGUGCAUUUCUGAAUUGGAUAAAAGUAUUCAAAAAC